UCGUUAUUUGAAUGCAGCCGCAUUGAAGCUCCAACCGCCGUCCGGAUAACGUUAUUAUAAACCGCACUCGAAGGAGCACAACCCAACUGAAUGUAACCCAAUGAAUGAAAUCAAUUGAUUUUCGAGAGGAAGGUGUCGAGGCGCGGACGAUAAACAAAUCAAGAGCAAGCUCAUAGCUAACUGAGGAUUGUGUAACUAUCUAAACGAUGACCGGCGGAGUGACUAGAAGGCGGCGCAGAGGAGACGGGAUGCACUGAUCACAAGAUUGACCACAACAACAGCGAGAACAAGAAUAAAUACAUAUAUAGACGUCACUCAGGUGGACAACAGAAAAAAAUAAAUCUAAAAACAUAGUAGUCGUACAAAUUUGCACGGAAGCAGUCCGUUCGCUAGAUAAAAAACAAACAGCAACCCCAACGCCCAUAUCGAAAGGACAACUCCUCGAACAACAAUGUACACAAUCAACAAGGGACCCAGCAAAAUAGUUGCUAAAACGCGUCGCGGUCUGGCACAAAAUUUUGAAAAAUUCGAAAGCAUCAAGGAGAGCAGCCGGAAGAACGGCAGCUUCGACCUCAACAGUCCCGAGGAACACAAAAACAUACCGCGACCUGUGUUUCAGCAAAGUUUUGCCUCCAAGCGGAUAACACCGACCAAGCUGAUUGAGGAUGAGGUGAUAACGCCGCAGCACGAGGAGAUCAUUCGCUACAUAAAUGACUCUUGGAACAUGUUAGUGGCGCAGAACCCCUACGACUCGAGCUCAUCCGCCAAGCCCGCCGAGAAGCCUCUGGCAGAUGCCAACAACAACAACGCAUCCAGCCCCGUGGAAAGCAUUAUUGCCAACUCGCCGAUGCCGGCUCCAUCGGCCGCCACGGUUUGGGUAGAGCCCCCCAGCCCGGCGCUUCAGGACUUCAAGCCCUUCGAUUUGGAAUCGUGGUGGGGCCGUCGCUUGUUCCAGAACAUAACUAAGAGCCUCUAAGAUAGGAAGAGAGUAGACCACAAUGCUCUGUGGUAUAUUUCCUAGUUAGCCGAGUGCUUCCUUUUAUACUUUCGACUGCAAACAGGCGAUAUCACUUUAGAAUUAGGCAGUAAUGUGCGUAGAUUUCGGUUAGUGGCUAAGUAAUCACUUCGGAUAUAAAAGGUUCGGUAGGCAGCCCAUUAAUGUCCAGCCAUGUUUUAAGUUUCCCAUUUUAUUUUGUUUUAGUGUAAAUGAAGUAAAUUAAGAGUUAUCGCCGAUGUCCGCCAAUGUAAAUAAUGCGAUAUUCGAUUAGCGACAAGAAGUGUGUUAGAAAGCUUUAAGAAACGAAGCUGGCUUGGUGGUCAGCUUUUCAAUCAACUCUUGAAGAUUGUGCAAGCAUCGAGGAUCGAGGGAACUGACACUAGCUAUUCUAUUGUAUUUAGGUUUCACUAAAGUUUUAAAAAGAUUAUGUGUGUAAUUGUAAAGAUUUCCUGUAAAUAUUUAAAAAAAAAAAUUGUAUUUUACGUUCGUGAACUCUAAAUUAGUGUUAUUCAUAUCGAAGUGUAAUAAUUGAUUAAGUGCCUCGCCGCUUUGCAUCGCAUGUAUUUAGUCUGUCACUAUAGAUCAUUUUAUGUUUAGCAUAAAUAAAAAUGUUAAAAAAUAAUAUUGUUUUUAUCAAAAA